AAAUCUUUCCAUCACCACAAAAACCCUUCUCUCACUAGUAAAUAAUUACAAGGGAUAUUUGUUGAGAGAUGGGUUCUAAGAGCAAUGCAUCACUUGCUCUCUUUCUCUCACUCAACCUUCUCUUCUUUGCCCUUGUUAGUGCAUGUGGCACUUGCCCUUCUCCUAAGCCAAGACCAAACCCUAACCCUAACCCAACUCCAACUCCUUCCACAGCCACCUGCCCUAGAGAUGCCCUAAAGCUAGGUGUCUGUGCCAAUUUGCUUGGCGGACUGAUCGGUGUUGUGGUGGGUGACCCUCCAAAAACACCAUGCUGCACCCUCAUUCAAGGCCUUGCCGACCUCGAGGCCGCUGUUUGCCUUUGCAUUGCCAUUAAAGCAAAUGUUUUGGGCAUCAACCUGAAUAUCCCCAUCUCACUCAGCUUGCUUCUCAAUGUCUGUUCAAUGAAGGUCCCUUCUGGCUUCCAAUGCGCCUAAACAACUUUCUUUUUCUCACUCUCUGCAGGCUAGCUUCUGCUCCUACAAGCUUUAGAUUUAAUUUCUACCAUAUAUUAAAUAGUGUGGUAUAAGUACUGCAUGGUAACAACUUGUUUCCUUUGAUUUAUAUAUUGUUGUGUGAUUUGGUGUAUGGAGUGAUCUUAAAUAAAUUUCAUUUCUUCGUGUAAAA